GGCAGGAGAGGGCUACAGUGAUUGAUCUUUCUUCUGAAGACAACAGAUGCUUGAAUCGAUCAGCUACAGGAGGCAGGCCACAAAGGACUGCCGUUGCUCAGGCUCACAGUGACAGAGCCUCAGAGACAGACCAAGCAGGAGCAGCUCAGCACUGUCUUGCCUGUCAGUAAAGCAAGCGAGCAGAGAGCCCCGAUUCCUGGAUGUCCAAGGGGCGGCUGAGCCAAUGGAAUCCACAUCUGGGCACAGAAGGAAAAAUCAGCAAGAAAGCUGAAGCCCCAUGUCUGCAGCCCAGCCAGUGAGUUUAAAAGGAUAGAGUUGUAAAUUUGGGGGAAUUACAAUCCCAAAGCAAAAUGGCGAGCAUGGCAGUGCAGCUGCUGGGUUUCUUCUUGGGCCUGUUCGGUCUGUUCGGGACGCUGGUGGCCACCGUGCUGCCCCACUGGCGCCGGACGGCCUACGUGGGCUCCAACAUCAUCACGGCCACCGCCUACAUGAAGGGCCUGUGGAUGGAGUGCGCGUGGCACAGCACCGGCAUCUACCAGUGUGAGAUUCACCGCUCCCUGCUGGCUCUGCCCCAGGACCUGCAGGCAGCGCGCGCCCUGAUGGUCAUCUCGUGCGUGCUGUCCGCCUUGGCCGCCGUCUUCUCCUCGGUGGGCAUGAAGUGCACGCGCUGCGCCCGCGGCUCCUCGGCCAAGAACGCCCUGGCGGUGGGCGGCGGCGCCCUUUUCGUGGUGGCGGGCCUGUUGUGCUUGGUGCCCGUGUCCUGGUCCACCAACGACGUCAUCCGGGACUUCUACAGCCCCCUGCUGCCCAACAGCAUGAAGUACGAGAUCGGACAGGCCAUCUACGUGGGGUUCGUCUCCGCCGGACUCACCAUCACGGGGGGCCUGUUGCUCUGCCUGUCCUGUGUGGAGACCAGGAACCCCGCUGCCUACCACGCCCGGGCCCACAACGGCAUGCAGAGGCCGGCUCCCGCGUGCCGGCCCCCGGCUGCCUACAAGGCCAACCACAACCCCUCCUGCUCCUCGGCCUCCAGCAGCGGCUACCGGCUUAGCGACUACGUGUGAGCAGGGAGCCACUGCGGCCUGGGCCGCGACUAGACUAUGGGUUAGGGGCUGACAGUCUUCAGGGGGCACAGGAAUUUGCGACUGAGCUUUGAGGACUCAGGGGCUUGAGUCAGUCACUGGUCAGGAUAUUUUGGGAGUGCCUUUGCCCAUUGAAGGGACAAAAAUGAUAUGAAAGCAGGCUUGGACACGUGCUGGAUCUACCUGCCGUGCAGAAUAUGUUAUUGUGACAACUGUGUGUUCCAGAUACCUCCAGAGCGCCACACUGCUGGGAAACCAUUCCUCCGAGGGCGGCCUCCAGAGCGAACACAUGUUUUUUCCCCGUACAGAAAAAGAGGCACAUGCAAUGAAACAUUCUGUGAACUCACUGCAACAUUCCUAUAGGUACACCUGGGGGCUGGGAACGUCACAGGCCAAAAGUUUAGAUCUCACAAAUCUAUUAUCGGCAAUAUUCUGCAUUUUUAAGUGUUAUCUUGGAUCCUCUGUCUUUGAUUGAUAAAUGCCAUACAGCUACCUUUAACUGAACAAGCAGGUGUGUAAAUGUGUAUUACAGUAUAACAAGUACGAUGGAUGAAAAAGUAAAAUGUUGUUAGUUAAUUUAAGCCAGGCCUUGUACAGUUUAAUUAUUAUGGGAGUUCAGAAGUACACCGGAAAGUGAUUGUAUUAUGUGUUCAAACACAAACAGCUGUAAUAUUACUUUUUGGGAUGGUUAUUUCCUUAGUUCUAGACAAUUACAUACAUUAUCUUCUUCAAUUUUCUCAAUGAAUUUGGCAGCACACUGUAUAUUAAGCUACUGCAGCCACACAGGCACCCUUCCAGAGGAAGACCUUACCUGUCUCUUGGUUUGGCGAUUGGCAGUGUGGAGUUGUUAAGAUGUGUGGGAUAUUUUAGAAUAAUGUCAUGUCUGCACUGCAUUUUAGUCUAGGGCUGAUUCUACUGAAUUUGCUUUGCAAAGCAUUUCCCAUUCAAUGGUGCAUUUAAGACUUUUGCUGUUUUGAUCCACAGUUAUGUUGUCAAUGUAGAAUUUGUAUGUUUUUUUGUUUAUUUCUUAUUUUUACUGUGUCUUUCACCAUCAGUCUUAUGGAGUUAUUUUUAAAGAGUGAAGUUGCUCACUAUUAUGUUAAAACCAAUAGUAGAUCAUUACGAUGGACUGAAGUCCAACAGUCCUGUCUUCAGUGCCAUGCUUCCUGGAUAGACUCUACUGUAGCCUGGCAGUUGGUCUCACCAGGAAGUAACAGCUAUCUGAUACUACAGUAGAUGGGUGAAUGCUGAAGAAUUGAGCUGGGUCCUUAGCACUGCAGGAUUAUAACUCUAGUGUUUUAGGUACGAUUGAGGGCUGGGGUGCCUUCCGACUGGAAUGAGCAAUCAUCUCCUCAAGAUCAUAAUGGCUGUUCUAUGGGUAGGCGGGUUUCCUCACACCCCUGAAAAGAUAACGUGCUUGGCUAAGCUAAAUUGCUAGAAAUAAGAGUGGAAGCUGUUUCUUGUUACCCAGUCCUGCCAGCUACAGUGCUGAUGCUUAUAGAUGAGAUUCAGGAGCAGAAGGUAAAGGAUUGAGCUCUAAUGGAGCUGAGCAUGCUUAAUUCUAUAAUCCCACAAUGAACUCUUUAAAACAGAAUGUGCCAACAGCUCUCAAAAUUAGUAUCAAAUGUUAAUUUCUCUGCCUAAGAGGUGAAAAAAUAUACCCAUCAAGGAUACUCAGAAGAAGCUAAAACAUGAAUGUCACUUCAUUAUUAUUGAAUAAAGACAGUAAUAUAUAAUAUGACAUUCUCUGCUUAAAUGUGGAUCUAGGUCACUUGCUGCACAAUAUCCAAAAAGCAUCAACCACAAAGGAAUUGAAUGCAACAGUUGUUAUUGGGUCCAAUACUCAGGUGCUGCAUUUGUACUUUUAGUAAAUAUAAAGUUAGUUGGCUUUUUUCGUUUGAACAUUUGUAAUGCAGCACUUUUUUAAUAUACCCUACACCUAAUUUGAAAAAUGAUAAUUUAACUUCAAGGUGAGUUGGACGUAUUUGCAAAAACAUAAUUAAAAUAGUUUCUACAGUAUCUGCUAAAGUGUCUUGUAUUUUUUUCAUCAGCUUUUUCCAGGUAUUUUAAAAAUCAAGAAUGUGUGCACAGAUGUUUCUUACCCCGGUAUAUAAUCAACCAUUUGACUGUAUUUUAGUUUUUUGUAUAAACCAUUAAACCUUUUAA